AGAGCGAGUGAGGGAAGGGGGAGUGAUAGGGUGAUUCUUUAUCACUAUGGUAGGCCCACUCUCUACCUCUGCGCUCCAUUCCACCUCUAAUCGCCUCUCCGUCAUACCUUCUUAAUUCUCAACAUCCUCGGGUUCCACUAAGGUAAGCUAAGAGUUCCACUUUGGAAAGACGCGGGCUUUAGACACUCUGAGAUCGGGAGUUAAUCGGCCAUAAAUCCGUGUAGCACCGCAGCUCGAUAAUCAUCGGUUAUCCUAUUUCGGCUAUCGACACGGAUGUCCAGACCGAGGGAGAGGAUAUGUACCAGGGCAUAAUGGCAACCAACCACGGACCCCCGUCCUACGAGGCCGGAUUCCUCCACAACGCCGCCUCGGGAGCGUCCCCCGUGUACGUGCCCACCACCCGGGUCACCCCCAUGAUCCCCUCGCUGCCCUACCUCCAGCCCCACGGCGCCUCGCAGCAGGGGGGGCCGGUGUCAGGACACUCCGCCUGGGCGCAGCCGGGCGCCGACUCCUCGUCCGGGACUCCGUAUAGCAGCGCGAGUGGCGCGCGACACGCGUCUCCAGCUUCCUCGCGCUUCGCCUACUCCACGAGCCCCCCCGUGGGAUCCGGGGGGGUGGGUCGCGAGACCGCGUCGUCGUACGCGAGCCCACUGAACAUCUCCGCCGGCGGGAGGGAGCAUUACGGCACGCGGGGCCUCGGCGGGUCGUACCACAGCCCAUACCCGGCCUACAUAAACCCGAGCCUGGGCGGGACGUGGCCGUCGUCCCCCUUCGACAGCUCCGUGCUCCACGGGCUGCAGGGCGCCGGGCAGUCCGCGACGAGGCACCCCAACCUCGACAUGUUUGACGAUUUUGCCGAGGGCCGUGAGUGUGUGAACUGCGGGGCCAUGUCCACCCCCCUGUGGAGGCGAGAUGGUACGGGCCACUACCUCUGCAACGCGUGCGGACUGUACCACAAAAUGAACGGUAUCAACAGACCGCUCAUUAAACCCCAACGAAGGCUGUCUGCGUCGCGGAGGGUGGGGCUGUCCUGCACCAACUGUCACACCACCACCACCACCCUGUGGCGGAGGAACGGCGAGGGGGAGCCCGUCUGCAACGCCUGCGGCCUCUACAUGAAGCUCCACGGGGUCCCCCGACCUCUGGCCAUGAAGAAAGAAGGGAUCCAGACCCGGAAACGCAAACCCAAGAGCCUCAACAAACCUCACCUAGGUUUGUGGUCGCCAGGAUGUGACGGCUCCCCUGCAAACACCGGCACCACGCCAGUCGCCCCCACCAUCAGCACCGCCCCCCCCGUGGACGAACCACGGCAGAUAAAGGCCGAGCCAAACACCUCCAACCUGUACACACACCACAGCACACACAACCAGAAUUCCGCCCUACCCUCUUACAUGAACGUCCAUGGAGGGGCCCAUCCUCUUAAAAUGUCUCCUAGGGCCCACGUGGGGGCCUCAAGCUCCAAACCAGAACCCUGGAACAACUUAAUCCUUGCCUAGAGUGCCGGGUACCUGCAAUAUCACGAUACCUGAUACAGAUACACACAAGCAUAUGUUCCUAGAUGGAGGAUGAUGUUUAGAUAAUGGGGGAUACGCCGAUUUUGCGCCGUGUUGUUCUGUGAGUUUAUAUCAUCCGUCAGCAAAACACACAACUCCACUAUGAUGCAGAAAUGGAUCGGAAACACUACACAUCAAAAUAUAUGCUGGGCAAUGCAUACCUGGUCUGGCAGGAAGGGUUGGUUUUUUGUUGGAUCCGAACAUCAGAGUAUCCUUACUAAAGUGUAGGCUAAUAUACUUAUAUUGAACUUAAGGUUUGAAACACUCAUCUAAGUAUGGCCACACAAAAAAAUCAAGUGCUUCAACAAUACAGUGUUAUAUACUGGUUUGGAUCAGGGUCAUUUAAAAAUAGCUGAUCUGCGUGGAAUUUCCCCUCCUUUUAGUUAGUAGCCUAGUCAUUUCGUGUCAACUUGUUGACAAACUGUCAUGGUCAUUUAUAAUAGGUCAUGACUCGUAAACUGGAAAAAGAAUACCGGUCAAAACAGCCGGGAAAAUGCCACGCUACUCCAACAAAUAGUCGACACAACCAUGAAGUAUAGCCUUUUAUACUUACUUGAAAAGUUAGUCCAGAUAGUGCAUCACUCCUCCAGACAAAUUGUCAAACUGCCUCUAGAUUGUAACACAUGAUCACCCUCGAGGCUUGGAAAAGGCCGGCUUAUCUCACUUUAAUUUAAGAAUGGACAAAUACAUCUUACAUUUUCAUUACUCAGAGUGAUACAAAUGUAUCACUACUUAUGUGACUAAAACGAUGCUCACAAAUCAUGUGAUGUGAAUGAGUUGACCUGCCCGUAGCACUCUCUCUGUAUUGUAACCUUCUAGUGCACCUUUCUCUUGUAAGAUAUGGAAAUGCUUCUCUGAUUUAGGUCUUUUUUGUAGGGUCUGGCUAAUAUUUAUAUACACAUAUAUACAAAUAUAUAUAUAUAUACAUACAGCCAAAACCCCAUAACUGUGUAAUAAACCUGUUUCAUAGUAGAUGUGAUGUCAAAAAUACUGUUAUUUUCUUUCUUCAAAAUACUGCAAAAAUGUAUGCUUUAAUUGACCUGUGACAAACCUGGAGAAAUAUGAAUGAACUGGCGGCGGUCUUGACACUUCUACAUAAUGUCAUUAUCCUAAAUAUAAAUAUGCAAUCCUUUAUGUAAAGAAAACAACCUCCACUCCAGUUAAGUUGUUGAAUGUGCUGUCAACACCACCGACGUAGUGACGAAUGUGCGUGUGGAAGAUCUCCCCGUGCACCAGCUAAUGCCGGAGAUCGUUCCUCUAUGCCUAGCCGAAGCCCUGCAGAGGACACUGUAAUAAAGACAAAGCAUUAUGCGUACACAACG